AAAUGGAUUUUUUUGAUGUACAAAGUCGUUUUUUGGAUCAAAGGCCUGUGUUCUGUAGAACAACGACCAGCAAAACAAGGCGAAUAAUGCGGCUGACUUGAAACAACAAAUAGGUAAAAGAAAAAAUAAAACACAAAAAAUGUUUGCAAAACGCGCAAAUAUCACAAAAUGCAAAGUAGACCAAUGUUGGCAAUAUUAAGGCAAUUGAAAUCAAAAGUGUGCUACGUUUAAAUGUUGAUAAGCUUACUAAGUAUAUAUGUGUAUAUCAGCACAUCUGUACAUACUCGUAUAAAGUACAUAUGUAUGAAUCUUCAAUGGAAUAAAACGAAUUUUAGGAAUUUAAAUAUUUUGGCGGGCAGAUGGAUCGCACUUCUUCCAUUUACUGGCAGGCGUUGACAAAUUACUGCUGCCCCUCCUUUGUAUGUUACUUAUAAGCAACUUCUGCAGCAACACAAAAAUCAACAAUCAAAAUGUUCAAAUCGUGCAUUCUCUUCGCUGUUCUCGCCUUCGUCGCCUACGCCUCAGCUAAACCGGCUGUGGUCGCUUACUCUGCGCCCGGUGUUGUGACCGCCCAAAGUUCACAGUACAUUGCACGCAAUUACAAUGGUGUUGCUGCCGCACCCGUCGUGGCUGCCGCAUACACUUCCCCCGCCGUAGCUGCUGCACCAGUUGCUGCCGCAUACACCGCACCAGUUGCUGCCGCUUACACCGCACCAGUUGCUGCCGCUUACACCGCUCCAGUUGCCGCCGCUUACACCGCCCCAGUUGCCGCUGCGUACAGCGCCCCAGUUGCUUCGUAUCCUUCGUACGCCUCUUACUACCCCUACAACGGCGCUUACACCGUGGCAUUCUAAUUGACCGAUUAAAUGGAAAAAUAUGACUCAGGGCUGCUGCAACAAGUGGACAAAAGCUUAAAAAGGCAACUAAAUUGGAUUCUCGUUAAGGAAAACGUAUUGCUUUGCAAACACAUUUUCAUUUUCUUUAUUUUUGUAAUCAUUUACAUAUUUAGUUAUGUAGGCAGUUUUUCGCUACAUAACUGCUUUGUUGAAGAUUUUCUAAAUGGCAUAACAAUAAAUUCCCCGAAA